ACAUAUCUUUUUUCUUUCUUCAUAAACAAAUCCCUGUUUCUCUCUUCACUAAAGCAUUUCCACACAUAGAGAGACAGAGAGUUAUCUAUGGCUACCAGCAUGAGCACGUUUGGCUUAGGGCUAGGUUACACCGGGCAGCUUCCAUUCAGGCCAGUCACCGGUGAAACGGGGAGAAAGCAGCUGAGAAUGGCAGUGGUGAGAGCAGAAGGCGGAGGAGGAGGAAUCAAUCCGGAGAUCAGAAAGAACGAGGAGAAGGUGGUGGACUCCGUCGUGGUCACCGAGCUUUCCAAAAACAUAACUCCUUAUUGCAGGUGUUGGAGGUCGGGGACAUUUCCUUUGUGUGAUGGGAGUCAUAUGAAGCACAACAAAGCUAAUGGAGAUAACGUUGGCCCUCUCCUUCUUAAAAAGCAGUAGCUUUUGUUUCUUUCAUUAAUUAGCUUCUCAAAAUUAUCUUUGAAGUAAUGUAUUAAGGUGUACUAAGUCCAAAUAUAUCUAUUCAGUUAUUCAAUCAUGUGAAACAUAGUUACGAGUUUCCUUUCAACAAUAUUUUUUUAUAUAUCAAAUAGUUUGGGUCGA